AUGCUUGUAGGCGGCAAGCAAAGUGAGGGUUGGUUCCUUGACACCGGCGCCAUGAACCACAUGACUAGUUCGAUCGACACGUUCGUGGAGCUGGACCACUCAAUCACCGGGAAGGUGCUAUUCGCGGACGGAUCCAUGGUCAAGAUCCACGGGCACGGGACCGUCGUCUUCGCCGACAAAGGGGGUGAUCAUAGGGCGUUUACAGACGUCUAUUUCAUCCUGGCACUCAAGAGAAGUGUCGUGAGUGUUGGACAGCUCGAUGAGGGCUGGUUCGACAUCGGCAUCCGGUGCGGUGUUCUCACCAUGCACGGCCAGUAUAAGAGGCUGCUCAUCGAGCAGAAUGGUGUCGUCAAGCGGAGGAACGAGACGGUGCUCGGAAUGGCAAGCUGCAUGCUCAAGGCAAAGCAGGUGCUGAGCACGUAUUGGGGGGAGGUUGUGCUCACGGUUGUCUUCAUCCUCAAUCGCUCCUUCACAAGGAGCAUCGAUGGCAAGACGCCUUAUGAGGCGUGGUACAGGAGGAAGCCUAACGUACGCUUCCUCCGCACCUUUGGCUGCGCCGGGCAUGUCAAGACGGCACACCCACAGCUGAAGAAGCUCGAUGACAUGAGCACCCCAAUGGUGUUCAUGGGCUAUGAGACAGGCUCUAAGGCGAUGUACGACCCCGUCUCAAAGCGUCAGCCCGAGAAGGAGUAUGUUGAUGACGGCGAGGUCCUGCAUCUGAUGGUCGUCGACGAGCUGGCCACAUUUGCGGAGGCCGAGCAAGAGGAUUGCUAG